AUGGUCGAGGAUUGGUUAAGAUCGAAAAGUGCGCAAGAGAGAAAUGUGAUGAUGAGAAGAGCCGAAAGUGCACGCAAAAUCGUUGCAAUUGAAUACUGUCUUAUGGGAUUGGCAUAUGUUUUUGUUGUCAUUCUGCCUAUUUGUGGAAUUCCCAUAAAAUACUUGACGAAUGUUACCGAUCCAGGCAGACCAACGCCUGGACCGAUACAAACUUAUUAUAUAUAUGACGUAAUGAAAACUCCGCAAUAUGAGCUGACAUAUAUUACGUAUUCCAUUACUCUCUUUUUUGCUAUUUUGUGCUACGCGGGAAUCGAUAACUUUCUUGGAUUAGUAGUGUUCCACAUCUGUGGUCAAUUGGAUAUCCUUCGACAUCGUUUCACGCAUUUAGAUAAGUAUAUGAAUUUUCAUAUCGAUCUAAAGAAUUGCGUGAUGGAUCACACACGACUAUUGAGAGCCAUUACUAUUGUGGAUGACUUGUACAAUGUGCUGUUUCUUAUAUUAUUUCUAUGUUUCGCUGUUUUAUUUGCAUUUUAUGGAUUUGUUAUUAUUAGCUUGAUCACAGAAGAGGAUAAAGUAUCAAUCGUACGCUUGAUAUAUCUCGUAAGCAAUGUUAUUAAUUUAUUUGCUCAUAUGUGCCUCUUUUGCGCUGUCGGCGAGUUUUUGAUGGCGCAAUGUGAUACAAUUUAUUAUGCUGUGUACAAUCAGGAAUGGUACACUUUGGGAUCAAAUAAAGCCAAAAAUUUGAUCCCUUUAAUAAUUAAAAGCAGAAAACCGGUUUAUCUUACCGCGGGAAAAGUGUUUCCCAUGACAUUGGCUACAUUUUCCAACCUACUGAAAACAUCUGCAGGUUAUAUAUCGGUUUUAUUUGGAAUGUCAGUUUAA